CACCUCCUCCACUCCCCGAUAAAUUCCCAAGACUGGUCAUCCUGCUGCCGCAGCAAGCUGCUUCCUAAGAGCUGCAUGCUCCUUCGCUCGCAGCCCCCAAUGAGGAUGGAAAAGCGGUCUCGCAGCUCCUCCAAGGAGUCCCACAGGAGGAACAGAGAGCCUGCAGACUCACAGGGCAGGAGAGAGAAGGUGGAGAGCAGAAGAGCAGCCAGCAAGGACAGAGAGGGGCUCAAGAGGGGGAAAGCCAAGGAGGGCAAGAGCCCCAUGGAGACAGACAGCAGGAUGCCGAGCUCCACAGUGGUAGACGUGGACGAUGUAGUGUCUUUCGACGAGGAAACAGAGGUGAUGGCACUGCUGGAAAGUGAGCGACAAGAGGAAGGGAUGACAUCUCCCGGUCGAGGUAUCUGUGAGUGGCUUCUUACCAUCUUGUCCCUUCUCUUCAUCAUAUUGACCUUCCCCAUUUCUGUCUGGUUCUGCAUGAAGAUCGUGCGGGAGUACGAGAGAGCCAUCGUGUUCCGACUUGGGCGCCUCCUUCCCGGAAGGCCCCGAGGGCCCGGCCUUUUCUUCUUCCUUCCCUGUCUGGAUACAUACCACAAGGUAGACCGUCGCCUCAAAACCCUAGAGAUCCCCUUCCAUGAGGUGGUGACUAAAGACAUGGUUACAGUGGAAAUAGAUGCAGUCUGCUACUACCGGAUGGAAAAUGCCUCUCUCCUCCUAACCAGCGUGGCCAACCUCUCCAGCGCUGUCCAGCUGCUGGUACAGACAACCAUGAAGCGCUUGCUGGCCCAUCGAUCCUUCAGUGAAAUCCUCCUGGAGAGGAAGAGCAUUGGCCAGGAAAUGAAGGUCGCCUUGGAUGCAGUCACAUGUCGCUGGGGAAUCAAGGUGGAGAGAACAGAAAUCAAUCAUGUGCGGCUGCCGGCUGAACUGCAGCAGUCCUUGGCAAUGGAAGCAGAGGCCCAGAGACAGGCCAAAGUGCGGGUGAUUGCUGCCGAGGGGGAGAAGGCUGCCUCCGAAUCCCUGAAGAUGGCAGCCGAGAUCUUGGCCAGCUCCCCAGCUGCUGUCCAGCUCCGUUACCUGCAUACGCUGCAAUGCCUGUCUGCUGAGAAACCUUCCACCAUUGUCCUCCCUUUGCCCUUUGACCUAAUGAAUCUUGUAUCUGCCGCUAGCCACAACUCCACGGGCAGCAGCCUUCCUACCAGCGCUCCCAAUCACCCUGAGGCUCCAAAGGACACGAAGGACUCCCCCAUGCUAUAGAGCCAUACC